CACAGAAUCCAGCGAUAGUGCGCGUUUGUGUCCAGAACGUGUUACAUAUUGAACUCGUUCGGUAUAUAGACGAGAGGAGCUGUCACAUCGAUUACAAUGUGCAUCGUGAAAUUCCGGCGAGUAACCGAUCCCGAUUCCCUUUUUUCCCUUUGGUCGCAUGCUUCAUGAUUACACUGCACUGACAUCAAACCCACACGAUCAAAUAUUUCAUGACUCGUCUCGGUUCCAAGGUAAUAUUGGAAGUCAAAAAGGAUUUGGCGCGUGUAAUUGCCAGUAAGCACCCCUCUGCAAUUCUUUUCAAACACUAGCAGAACAACACCACGCCUACUGCAGGAGGGCCAAGGAGAAAUCGGGCUUGUUUUGCACACAGCGACACUCAGUGAUAAAAUGGACGCGUUAGUAUGCAAAGUGCGAACACUGUCUCUGGAAUGAACGCUACCGACGCAUCGCCGACGGAAAGUAGGGAGGACCAACCACUGGGCACAGGGCAAAUCGCCAUAGCCAUCACUAGCAGUGUCGUCUGCCUGAUCACCGUGAUGGGCAACCUGGUUGUACUCGGUGGCUUUUGCACUGACCGAAGACUGCGCACCUACGUUAACUACUACAUCGUGGGCCUGUCCCUCGCUGACCUGGUUGCUGGAGUCUUUACCAUGCCCCUGUACACUGUCUACUGGGUGCUGGGCCACUGGCCAUUCAGUGCCGCGCUGUGCGACGCCUACCUAUACCUGAACCACGUCUUCAUCCACAUCUCCGUGUUGGGUAUCUUGGUCCUAGCAAUCGACCGGUACCAGGCUGUCUACCACCCUCUGCAGCACCUUCGCAGGCGCACACCCCGUCACGCUACCUUCAUGAUCUCCGUGUCCUACGUCGUCCCCUUCCUACUCUGGCUGCCCUGGUGUCUGCUCUGGCCCUACCUGGUGGGAACCCGCAACAUUGAUCCUGGGUACUGCUAUCCUCAAUACGUGGCGGACAGUCUGGCCUUCUCCAUCUUGGCGCCUGUCUGCUUCUUCUGGAUCCCCGUCCCUAUCACAUCCGUGUUGUACUGGCGCAUCUAUCGCGUCAUCGGUCAUUCAAAACAUAAGGGACCCGUGAUGAUAAGCGAUUUAGGUAGGCCACCAUCAGGGAGAGACGGCACUCCAGCCGCCAACCAAUCGUCUCCUCUGAGUCUUGAGAAAAGUGAUGAACCUACCACCAGCAACACAAGUGUACACCAUUCUGCACACGAAAACCCCGCUUUUGAAACCCCCAUGGAGCCGGACAGCGUCAUCCUCAACAACCCCGUUACCCCGACGGGGCAUUGCUCGGUCGGUUUCGAGACUACACCAGCCAUCUACAGCAUCACACACUCCCCAGACCACACACCAACUGCCCACCGAGUCCUGAACGAGUUAACCGGCUUGACCAUUGAGGGCAAGCCGCUCGAGCGUGACUGUACCGGAGAGAACCACCGCGCCACCCGCACCCUAACACUCAUCCUGGUUAGUUUGCUCAUCUCUUCAGUGCCCUGGUCUGUUUUCGUUAUCAUCUACUCCAUCUGCCCAAACUGUAUCCCUCUUGUUCUCUACCAGACGAGCGUGUACUUAGCUCACAUGAACAGCACCGUCAAUCCGUUUUGUUACGGCGUGGCUAACCCGCUUUAUCUUGACGUCCUCAAGAGGCCAGUCUGCUGCUCGAAAGGAAGGACGACGGUACCGAGGGAUGGCCACUGUUCCAGGCGGCCGUACACCAUUGGCGUCCAGCAUAGCACCUUCUUGUAAAUACAAACUAACGAAAGAUCAUCACAGAGGAUAGCGGCAUUAGCAGCCUGAAGACGUAUCCGGAGUUGGUAAACUUUAUAGGCCAGCUACCGUGACAUUCUUACCUCCGAAAAAAAUGAAGCAAAUCUUACUUAAUAAAAUACUUCAUUUAGAAUUCCCCAAUGGAUUCUCUUCAAAGAUACCCCUGUGUGCGGAAGGGUGCAACAAGAUUGUCAUCAUAGCAUCACUUUGGCCACGCGUUCAGCUAGUCUCCUUCUCUAGAUCCUGGAUCUCUAGAAUUGAGGGAAUCAUUUCAUUCACUGCUAAAAUCCGAAAGGGACCCGAUGCUGCGAACAAUUUAAAUAUUUGUUCAGCCAUAGGCCUACCAUUAAAAUGUCCGUGACGGGUCGUUUUUUUAAUGUGCAGUUUGAGGAAACGGCUUAAAGGGGCCCAAGUAUACUGUUUUUGACGAUUUAUUCUGCAGAAUGAAGACAAACAUGUCCAUGUAUGUUGAUAGUAUUCACACAAGGAUGGUGAUCAUACUAUAAUAAACCUUCAACAUACACACGCCCGUAACUGGGGGGGGGUGCGUCCGCUCUUGAGUUUGAGCUUUAUUAUAGUUGAACAUUGUGCGAAAAAAGUCAAGCAAUUCGGUAUUUUUUGCCUCCACAAAUCCCUCUUCACGAGUUUACUUGUAGCCACCCUAAAACAACUGGUACGAGCUCAUGGACUCUACUGUUUUUCAAAAUAAAAGCAAACGAUCUAUGCUUGGUCCACUUUGUUGAGGAUUCACCCCCCCCAAGUCCUAGUUUUGGACCUGAUAAUAGUAGAUAAUGUAAGAUAAUAUAUAGUAGAUAAUGUGCGCGUUAUUUAACAAACUAGCCAGAAAUGUUGUAGGAUUUAGAUAUUAUAUUGGUUUAAUAAUAAAUAAAGAAUGGUUUGAUACUAA